AUUCGAUUUCGCACUGCAAAGAACAACUAACAGUUUUUUAAAAGUAUAACUGCUUUCGAUACUGCUUCAAAAUGGUUAACACAGUGGUUGUUGCUUUGUUCGUUUUAGUCGCUGUGAUCACAGUCUCCGAUGCACAAAUUGCAAAUUGUUUAACUACUGUUGGAUGUGGGGGUGCGAACCGAGGUUUCUGUGACCCCACUGGAGCCGUUACCCCCGGAACUGGAACCUGCAGAUGUUACCGGGGCUUCUAUCUCAACCCCACUAACCCUACUCUUUGCCAAGAUAUAAACGAAUGUAUCGUAUAUCCCUGUGGUAGAAACAUUGGCCGAGUUUGUAUUAAUACCAUCGGUAGCUUCUAUUGUCAAUACAAUAGUAACAGCUUCCAGAAUUUGUUAAACUAUUACUAUAUUUCCGAACUCUUGGACUAAUGCCGUUAAAGUGGAAUUUCAUGAGAAAAAAAACAACAAAAACAACAAAAACCAGCAGAAUCAAAUCUCAAGUUCAAGGAAAUGAACUGGAAGUUUUCAAUCAAUAUUUCUUAUCUUAAUUAUUCUAAAGAAAUGGGAUAACAUUUUGAAAUUUUGAAAUCGAAUGACGUCAUCUUGUUUUAUAUUAUAUAUGUAAAAUAUUAAUACAUGUAUGCUAGACUUGUUAUGUAAUGUUGUAUUUGUAUAUUAAGUGUAAAAUAUUAAUACAUGUAUUCUAGAUUUGUUAUGUAAUGUUGUAUUUGUAUAUUAAGUGUAAUAUAUUAAUAUGCUAGAUUUGUGAUGUACUGUUGUAUUUGUAUAUUAAGUGUAAUAUAUCAAUAUGCUAGAUUUGUGAUGUAAUGUUGUAUUUGUAUAUUAAGUGUAAUAUAUUAAUAUGCUAGAAUUGUUAUGUAAUUAUGUAUUUGUGUAAAACAUUAUUGUAUUGUGAUUUCUUUUUGUAUGUUGUAGUAAAAUAGUUAAAAUUA